CACUGCUCUCCCUCGUUGCUCUCCCCAGGGCUGCCGAGGUCUCUGGUACAGGCUCCUGUCCCUGCUCCGCGCUGCCCAGCCCGGGCACUAUGCCCUGAAGCAGAUUGGUGGCCGCUUCGGCUCCAGUGUCCUGUCCUACUUCCUCUUUCUCAAGACACUCCUUAUGUUGAACUUCUGUUCAUUCUUCAUCCUGCUGGCCUUCGUGGUGGUCCUGCAGGCCGUGUACCCCGCUGCAUCAGUGAGCCCCCAGCCCUUCACUGGGCUGGAGCUGCUCACAGGAGCGGGCCACUUCACUCACUCGCUGCUGUACUACGGCUACUACAGCAACGCCACCCUGAACGACCCCUGCGCCUCCACUCCUGAGGGCAGCGUGUGCCCCCUCCCAGCCCCCCUGCUCCCCUACAACCUGCCACUGGCCUACCUGUUCAGUGUUGGGGCCUCCUUCCUUGUCACCUGCAUCCUGCUGGUGUACAGCGUGUCCUGCUCUUUUCGGGAGAGCGUGAAGAGCGCCACGGGGGACUUGGCCAUCAAGGUCUUCUGUGCCUGGGACUUCAAGGUGAUCCAGAGGCGCUCGGUGAAGCUGCAGUGCGAGAACAUCUGCACCCAGCUGAAG